AUGGGAUCCAUACGCAAGAAGUUGGUGAUCGUGGGCGACGGCGCCUGCGGUAAGACAUGCCUACUCAUUGUGUUCAGCAAAGACCAGUUCCCCGAAGUGUACGUCCCGACCGUCUUCGAGAACUACGUGGCCGACAUCGAGGUCGACAGCAAACAGGUCGAGUUAGCCCUUUGGGAUACCGCCGGACAGGAGGACUACGACCGACUGCGGCCGCUGUCAUACCCGGACACCGACGUCAUACUCAUGUGCUUUAGUAUCGAUAGCCCGGACUCUCUGGAGAACAUAAUGGAGAAGUGGACGCCGGAAGUGAAGCACUUCUGUCCGAACGUACCGAUCGUAUUGGUGGGCAAUAAGAAGGACCUGAGGAAUGACAACAACACGAUCAGGGAGUUGGCGAAGAUGAAGCAGGAGCCUUGGAGAAUGAAGCACUUCUGUCCGAACGUACCGAUCGUAUUGGUGGGCAAUAAGAAGGACCUGAGGAAUGACAACAACACGAUCAGGGAGUUGGCGAAGAUGAAGCAGGAGCCCGUGCGCAGUGAGCAGGGUCGCCUUAUGGCCGAGAAGAUCAACGCCUUCGGAUACCUCGAGUGCUCGGCCAAGACCAAGGAGGGCGUCCGCGAGGUGUUCGAGAUGGCCACCAGAGCCGCCCUUCAGGUCAAGAAGAAGAAGAAGAAGCCCUGUCUUAUCGUUUAG